CGAGAACUUCCACUAUGCCUGUUAUGCAAUGCAAAAUCAUCGUACUGCUCGUAUAAAUGCAAUUUUUACAUUACAAAUCUUGUUCCCAAGCUAAAUCUGCAUCACAAAUUUCAUUUCUCAUGCUGAGGAAAUUUGUAUUGCAAUUUCCACUACUACGAUACUUUUGCAAUGCAUACCUCUCAGCAGUUGUUGAAAAGGUUGAAAGAGGAAAAAAGCGCACUGCAAUCCUCGAAAAGCUACGACCUGUCAGUUGAAAUGCCCGAGGCACAUGCCAUGCUGUGCGCACCUGCUGCAUUAUCAGUAGCCUCAACGACUAUGUUGAACAAUGGAGCUGCUGCUGCACCAGUCGGAGUAAAAACAUCUUCACAGGACGUUCUAGUUGACAACUACAAAAAAGACGCCUUCGCCGCCACCGUCGCAGCGCUCAGUGGGUCAUCGGCAAACAACAUUCUGAACCAGGAGGCGCGAGUUGCGCAACUAAUCUCUGAAGCCAGAAAGGGAAUGAGCGGUGCUGGACUAGUAUUUUCGACGUCAGGUGCGAUGACGCGGGAACAUAAAACAGAAGGCGGUACCCCCGUUAGCAGCAGCAGUCACCUUGACGUCGACCCCCAGCAAGAAAUGAAUCUAGCUGCCAGAAUUGAGCAAGCGGAGCAGAUGAUAGAGCGGUACUGGGAG